UGAUCUGAGUUUACUACUAUUCGCUAGCGGAUCCCGAGGAGUCGCUUCCUCGAAAACGUCGUCGUUCUAUUUUUCCUCAAUAAUUAUAAGCAGUUGAGUACUACAUAAGCCUUUCCAAUUAGAUCGUCGUCGAACUGCACGCUCCGGAAACUAGGACGGUUUGAUUUUCCGGCUACUCGAAAGCGCGUUGCCGACAAGUUGUCAAGGCCGGAUCCCUCCAAAAAGCGAAUCUAUUAAGGUGCGGAGAGAGUCCUGGUGCAAGUGAUUUCGAGCGCGUUUAACCAGAUUUUGUCGUAGCAACAUGAAUAUGCCGCUGUUGGAUAUUCAACCACGAACAUUGAAGUUUGUAGUUGAUCUGAAGAAGCAGAGUACAUGCGUGGUGCAGCUUACCAAUACAACCCAUCAUUUUGUUGCAUUUAAGGUCAAAACUACAUCACCAAAGAAGUACUGUGUCCGUCCAAAUGUUGGCGUUGUUGCACCAAAAUCAUCCUGUGAAUUCUCUGUCAUUAUGCAAGCUUUCAAAGAACCACCUCAAGAUAUGCUUUGCAAAGACAAAUUCUUAAUCCAGAGUACUACUGUGCCUGCGGAAACAACUGAUGAAGACAUCACAGCUAGCAUGUUCUCCAAAGUGGAAGGAAAACACAUAGAGGAAAACAAACUGAGAGUCACCCUCGUGUUGCCCUCUGACUCACCUGAACUAUCUCCAAUUAAUGGGAAACUGAAGCAGGAAGCUGUAUUUGAAGAUUCCAUCCUCAAGGAUCGAUUAUAUAGUCAAUCAGAGAUCCUUGCUCCGCCACAAUAUGAGGGUGAGAUUGUUAAGGAGUCUAGGAUGGUUGGACAUGACGAGUUAAAGGCAGCAGAUGAUGCAAAGGAGUUAAAGCUACAAAAAAGGGGCAUCAUGGAUUAUAUUGAAGAUCUGAAUCCUGCUAAUGACUUAAAGGCAACUAAAGGUGGCUACGAUACAUUGAGGAUGGCAAAAGAAACUGUAAUUGAGCCAAUGAGGUCUCAUAAGGAUGCAAAUGAUGGAAAGGGGAUAAAGCCAACACAUAAUUUGGAUGCUCCCACAAAUAUGGCCAUGGAUCUUCCUGGGGAUCAAGGGUUUAUUAAUGGAGUAACUUCAGCUAACAGUGUGACUUAUCCUGAUGAACCAAAGAUACCAAGGGACGUCGAGCUGCAGAAAACAGAUGCUCAGAAUAUCAAAGCAUUGGAUGAAUAUAAGCUGGUUAAAGACAUCGAGGAGAUGAAGCUGAAAGUCAAUGCUCUUGAAUCCAAGCUAAAACAGGCUGAUUCAACCAUUUCGAAGCUAAUGGAGGAGCGGUCUAUAAGCUCCCAACAUAGACAAAGCUUGCAACAAGAGCUGGCGGAACUGAGGACGAAGAAGAUAGUGAAAGAAGUGCACAUAGGGUUCCCUCUGCUGUUUGUCUGCGUGGUGGCAUUCAUCAGCAUUGUGAUCGGGUAUUGUCUGCGGACUUGACUUGACUGCUCGGUCUCGCUCUCACUCUUGGUCACCACAUAUCUUUUACAUCUCUUAGCAAAAGUGUGCAGUCGGAAUAUAUAGACAAGGAAAGGAAAUUAAGGGUUUGUCUCGUUUGUGUGGGGGAGAAUGAUAUGAUAUAAUGUGAUUCUCCGGCACUUUUAAGAUGGAUGAUAUAGACUGUAUAGCGUUGGUAGUUAAGACAAGGACAUAUGGUAUUGAUGAUAUGCUUUGUUUCUCUGCUCUUUCAUUAAUUUGAAAGCAGUUUGUUGGA